CAAGACGAUUCACAACGAAUACAAAACGUGGAAAAGCGUGCGUUGCGACUAAAAUUGCUCUAGAAAAGAUUACUCGAAACAGGAAUUUUAUUUGAAAGUGUUAUUAAAAAGCGCAAAUAAAAUGCCAUUCCUUCCGCUACUGUUCGACGAUUGGAUUGCUCCCGAGUGGGGCCGUCCUUUGAAGCGCCGAAAUCUUUUGGAGGACGUCGUUCCUGGUGGUCUUCUGAUAUCAUAUGGAAACAUUCCGCGGCGUUCCGGUUGCAAACGUCCAGCAAGCUGCAUUUUGGAUAAUUCUGACACAAACGAGAUGAACCAGGCAUGUGUGAAGCAAAAUAAGGAAGGGUUCCAGGUUAACAUUGACGUUCAACAGUUCGCUCCGGAGGAAAUUUCAAUCCGACUUGAAGAUGACAAUUUAAUCGUCGUUGAAGGAAAGCACGAAGAGAAGCAAGAUGAACAUGGAUACAUCUCGAGACACUUUGUUCGGAAAUAUCGACUUCCCGAGGGACAUGAUGUAGACAAAAUCGUUUCCUCCGUCUCAUCGGAUGGAGUGUUGACGGUGAAGGCACCCAGGUUGGCCCUUCCGGAACCGACAAAGGAACGCGUGAUACCGAUUGAAAGAACGGGGAAAUCUGUCAAAAAUAGUGGACAGGAAGAGGCAAAAGAGAAUGAGAAGCACUGAUAUAAUAAGGAGUUGUAAUCUUAAUGAGUUUUGAAGACUUUGGGAAAAACGUUUUUUCUGUCAUUUAAGUUUGAGAAUAGGAACCUAGUACCUAAGUCGUAAAAUAAUUUCAAGUACCUACAUAUGUAAU